UUGAACCGCAUUAAAAUGGUUGUUGAAGGAAGCGGUUCGCGUUACACACCCUCAACGGGCAUGACAGCAAAAGAACUGUGUGAGAAUGACGAUCUAGGAACCAGCCUGAUCCUCGAUCCAUACCUUGGAUUUAUUACUCACAAGAUGAACACCAAGCACAAACCAUUACGAGGGCGUCAAGAAGAGCUGGCAAUGUUAGUAGAAAGAUUUAUGAAAGAACAGAAUUAUGAGGACACAUAUUCCAGUCUACUAUCUGAGGAUGUAGUCCGAAAUUUUCUUACAGGAAAAUCUAAAGAUCAACGUAGAAUAUUCCGGGAACAUGUGUACCGCUAUUUACGAAUGUUUGACAAAAAUGCUGGGUUCAAAUUGAUGCCCUGUCACCGAUAUUCCUGUGAUGGUCAAGUUGGAGGUAAAGUGUGUUCAACUAGAAAAUGGUGGAAACAGAACCGAAUUCCUAUGCUUGUUGGGUGCAUUGCAGAAUUAAGCAAAUCUGAAGAGGAACAAUUAUUAAAACCUGGUGAAAAUGACUUUAGCGUUAUGUUCUCCUGUCGUAAAAAUUGUGCCCAGCUUUGGCUGGGGCCUGCAUCUUUUAUUAAUCAUGACUGCAGACCAAAUUGUAAGUUUGUAUCUACUGGUCGAGACACUGCCUGUGUAGAGGUACUUAGGGACAUAGAACCAAAUGAAGAAAUUACUUGCUAUUAUGGGGAGGAUUUUUUUGGUGAUAAGAACUGCUUAUGUGAGUGUGUUACUUGUGAACGAAGAAAAAAAGGUGCUUUUCAAGCAAAAGAUCCCCCAGGAAGCCCUGAGUUAGACCAAGGUUACAAAUUUCGGGACACAAAUGAUCGGAUCAACAGAAUGAAAAAUCAAGCAGUUCAAGAAAAUAUGGGGUUAGGCAUUCAUGGGGCCUUUAUGGCCGGAAAUGAAAACUGGGACUUCCGUUCCACUAAUUUGAAAAAGAAUGGUCAUCUGCUAAAAUCUGCAGAACUGAAAAAAAGAGGCAUAACCCGUUAUGAUGCUGAAAUUCUUCUCUCCCAGGGUAUCAAUCUACCCGAGCCCAAAGUGGUGCUGGAACGCCAGUUACCCAUAUCAAUAAAUGGCAAUCGAACAGUAAACUUGAAUGAUGCUAAAAACAGCUUGGGCAAAAACACAGUCCUGCACUCUGUCCAGAGGAACGUCCGGAAAAAGAGAGUCAGGCAAAGCCUAAAUAAACCCAUCCACAAAAACGGUUACAAUAAUGUUGGCACCGCUGCAGCAUCUACAGAAGAAGUGACAGCCACACCUUGUGAUGGUACUACCCGCGUCCCUGAUAUCUCGGUUGGAGAUGAAAUCUCUGCUGACUUGUCUGUGAAGCCACCAGAGCAAAUAAAGAAGACACUGUCAUCUUCCGCUCCUAUAUCAUCAUCUUCUUCUUCAUCAUCAUCAUCUUCAUCUGCCUCAUCUUUGUCAUUGUCAUCAGCUGUCUUGAGUGUAACCAAAGAAAAAGACCAGGAUCAGUCAGAACCCAAAAAUGUCAAGGCUAACGGUGAGCCUCCAACAACCAACAUCUCACUUGGAUUGGACAAGGAAGUUGACAACAAUCACAACAGUAGUGGUGGUAAAUUGACGAAUGAGGAUUCACUCCUCAACCAAGAAAAGCAUAGACCCGAUAGUGCAAAAGAGAACACCAAAUCAAUUUCAACUCUUACUCCUUUAAUUUCAUCGUCGUCGUCAACCUUGUCACCAUCAAUAACACCGUUAGCAUGCAUUUUGCAAGAUGCAGAAAAGUUGCCAGAUGCCACAAAGUCAUCGUCAGUGUCUUCACCACCUCUAAAUAAUAAGCAGCAGCCUCAAAUCCAACUCCCUGAGAAAUCACAAUCUGAGGGCACUAUCACCACUACUCUCACCUCCACCACCACCACUACUACUGUUAAUACUACUCCAUUCACCACCACCACCACCACCACUACCACCACUACUACUGUUAACCCUACUUCUUUUCUUAUUACAAAUAAUGUUGAAAAGACAUUUUCAUUACUGGUACCAUCAGAUGACAUGAAAGCAGUAGAAGUGGAAAAUAAAAAAGCCCCAUGCUUGAAUGGUGAAAAUACUGCUGAGAAACUAUGGAGUCAUUCCAAUGUGCUGGCUGACUUGAAUUCAGCAUCUCCUCUUCAAGAGACGUGUUCAACCAGAUCUGGGCUUGACAACGGGCUGGAAACAUCUUCACAGAGCUCCACAUUCAACCUGCCAGCUAAUGAUGAUCCAGUAGAGAGUUCGGGAGUGUUCUGUCAAGAAAUUGUCUUACAAAACAAGAAGCCUUUCCUAAACAAAAAUAAACUUGCCUCUAUGAAAAACAACUCUGUCCGAUCGAGUCCACGUUUGCGGCAGAAGCCAUACGAAGAAAACUCACUGACCAGUCUCCAUUGGGAUAAUGGCCCUAAACUAAACGUUGAGGUUUUGUCUGAACUGUUGGUUUCUUCAAAAGCAAAAAGGGUCAAGUUGGCAGAUACAGAGAACUUGCCUCUUGAUUCAGACACACUUCUCUUUCAAAAGGCAACCAAAAUAGAAGUAGCUUCGCCUCCCAGGAGCAUAAAAACAGAAGUUUUAUCCCCGCAGAGAGAUUCUGAACAGAACGUUAUCUCAACUCUGCCUCCCCCUCUCCUCUCCAGAGUCAAAAUUGAAAAUCACUCACCUUCCAAAACUUCACAAACUGACCACUUCUCUUCAGCUGGUCUGAAUAAUUCAGAAAUAGUCUCUGCUUCACGAGUAAAAAGAGAAGAUGUUCCUUUGCUUCAUUACGCACCUAGUACCACUAUACAAUCUUCCGAAAAUAUUUCUAACUCUCCGCAAAUCAUAUCAAAGCUCUCUUCCUGCUUUAAUGAGAAGUCGUUGGCACCAACAACAAAUCAAGGCGUGCUGAAUUCUUCUUACCUGAAGACUGCUACCAAUUCUGCCUCUCAAAAGUGUUCCCGGUCGGACGAUUCUUUCAAACAAACCUUUUUACAAUCUAGAAUUUCUAACCUCUUUACCCCUAUUCCGAAAAGUACUACUCCCCCAACUGCUCCAUCCUCCCCACAGAGGAGUGCCUCUCUGAACAUAAAUAAUGGCAUAGCCUUGCAGCGAACUCCUCCCAAACAGAAUGAUCCCUAUGCUUUUUCUUCACCUUCUCCUAUUCAGAGGAUGUCCAGUUUGGAUUUACGCUCCUUGCACUCUGAUUUUAUCCCUUCCCCUGAGCAGGCAGCAAACAAGUAUGAUAUUCUCCCCAAACAAAAUGCUCCAAAAGCCUCCAUGAACUUGUUGAAGAAGUUCUCAGAGUCGAACAGUGGCUCUUACACAUUAUUAAAUGCCCCAGGAAGCUUGAAACUGCGAAUUCGUGAUCCCAGCAUGAAAUCUGGUUAUCCUGAGAUGACGCGGCAUUACCUCGGGAAGCACAUUGUGAUACCUCCUCCUCCUCCUCCUCUUCUUCUUACUCUUCCUCUUCUUCCUCCUCCUCCUCCUCUUCCCACAAACACAGACACCGACACAGAAGUAGCAGCAGCCACCACCACCACCACCACCAUCACCAUCAUCACCACCUCUCUAAGCACUCGGAACAUUCCUAUCUAG